AUAAUAUAUGCUGAAACUUGUAGUAUAUAAAUUCAAGUGCAGAGAUAGUAUACUACACAUAAAGUAAGAUGUGGAAGCUGAACAUAUCAGAUGGUGGAAAUGACCCAAACAUAUUCAGCACAAAUAACUUUUUAGGAAGACAGACAUGGGAGUUUGAUCCAAAUGCUGGUACUUCUGAGGAGAGAGCUCAAGUUGAAGCUGCUCGUCAACAUUUCUACGACAACCGUUUCAAGGUUAAGGCCUGCAGCGACCUUCUUUGGCGCUUCCAGAUUCUAAAAGAAAAGAAUUUUAAACAAACAAUAGAAAGUGUAAAGAUCAAAGAUGAAGAGGAGAUAUCAGAAGAAAAAGUUACAAUCACAUUGAAAAGAGCCGUUCAUCACCUAUCCGCACUUCAGUCUAAUGAUGGCCAUUGGCCUUCUUUAAAUGCAGGUCCUCUAUUUUAUUUUCCUCCUCUGCAGGCUCUAUGGAUAGAGGAUGCAUGUACAAGAGUUUCUUAUGGUGUUUGUAACAAGGUCUUUUGUAUGUACGUUACAGGACUUCUUGAUUCGAUGUUUUCCGAUGAGUAUGUGAAAGAGAUACUUCGUUAUAUAUAUUGUCAUCAGAAUGAAGAUGGAGGGUGGGGACUUCACGUGGAGGGUCACAGUAUCAUGUUUUGUACUGUACUAAAUUACAUAUGUAUGCGAAUACUUGGAGAAGGUCCGAAUGGAGGUAAAGAAAAUGCUUGUGCUAGAGCAAGAAAAUGGAUUCAUAAUCAUGGUGGGGUGACACAUAUAUCUUCAUGGGGGAAAUUCUGGCUUUCGAUACUUGGCAUCUUGGAUUGGCGUGCAAGUAACCCAAUGCCCCCUGAGUUUUGGAUGCUUCCUUCCUUUCUUCUUAAGCAUCCAGUUAGAAUGUUGUGUUAUUGCCGAUUGGUAUACAUGCCUAUGUCUUACUUGUAUGGGAAGAGAUUUGUGGGUCCAAUCACACCACUCAUCCUAAUGUUAAGAGAAGAACUCUUGAAUCAACCUUAUGCAAAAGUUAACUGGAAAAAAACACGUCACCUAUGUGCAAAGGAAGAUGUUUACAAUCCACAUCCUUUGAUACAAGAUCUAAUAUGGGAUAGUUUAUACAUUUGCAUGGAGCCACUUUUGACUCAUUGGCCUUUUAAAAAGCUGGUUAGAGAAAAAGCUCUCGAAACAGUAAUGAAACAUAUCCAUUAUGAAGAUGAAAAUAGUCGAUACAUAACUAUUGGGUGUAUAGAAAAGGUUUUGUGCAUGCUAGCAUGUUGGGUGGAAGAUUCAAAUGGAGAUGCAUUCAAGAAGCAUCUUGCUAGGCUCCCAGAUUAUUUAUGGGUUUCAGAAGAUGGAAUGACCUUGCAUAGUUUUGGUAGCCAAACAUGGGAUGCUAAUUUGAUCAUUCAAACCUUGCUUGCCACUAACCUGAUUGAGGAUAUUGGUCCGACCCUUGCAAAAGGACAUGAAUUCAUCAAGAUGUCCCAGGUUAGGGACAACCCUUCAGGAGACUUUAAAAGCAUGUAUCGUCAUAUCUCUAAAGGGUCAUGGACCUUCUCUGAUAAAGAUCAUGGAUGGUCUGUUACUGAUUGCACAGCAGAAGGUUUAAAGUGUUGUCUGCUUUUUUCUAUGUUGCCUGCGAAUAUUGUGGGGGAAAAGAUGGAACCUGAAAUGUUAUAUGAUUCCGUCAAUAUUCUAUUAUCACUCCAGGGUAAAAAAGGUGGUUUACCGGCUUGGGAGCCAUCAGAAGCUGUAGAAUGGUUAGAACUAUUCAAUCCAAUUGAAUUUCUUGAUGAAAUUGUAGUUGAACGUGAAUAUGUUGAAUGCACUUCAUCAGCAAUUCAAGCUUUAGUUUUGUUUAAAAAACUAUAUCCAGAACACAGAAAUAAAGAGGUUGAAAAUUUCAUUGCAAAUGCGGUUCGAUUUAUCGAAUAUAAACAAACAAGUGAUGGUUCAUGGUAUGGAAAUUGGGGAAUUUGUUUCACUUAUGGUUCUUGGUUUGCUCUUAGCGGUCUAGCGGCUGCUGGCAAGACUUUUGACAAUUGUUCCGCCAUUCGCAAAGCUGUUGAAUUUUUGCUCACAACACAAAGAGAGGAUGGUGGAUGGGGGGAGAGCCAUCUUUCUAACUCAAAAAAGAUAUAUGUACCUCUUGAAGGAAGCCAAUCUAAUAUUGUGCAAACAUCAUGGGCUAUUAUGGGUUUAAUUCAUGCUGGUCAGGUGGAGAGAGACCCUACACCUCUUCAUCGUGCUGUAAAGUUGAUCAUCAAUUUCCAAUCAGAAGAGGGUGAUUGGCCCCAACAGGAACUCACAGGAGUAUUCAUGAAAAAUUGUAUGCUGCAUUAUGCAAUGUAUAGGGAUAUUUUUCCAACAUGGGCUCUAGCUGAAUAUAGGAGACGCAUUCUUUUGGCUUCCACUGAAGUUGCAGUUUAAAAUGAAACAUUGAGCCGAGCAUAAAAAAGAAAAGCCAUGUCAAUAAAGAAUCAAGCAAACACUUCAAAAGAAUACAAAACAUUCUACUUCUAUUAAACUAUAUACAAAAGAAUACAUUAUUAUUUUUAAGUGUGUCUGUGUCGGGAUAUAAAUUCUCUCCAGCUUUUCCUCUAUUGCCCUUGGGUCAGCCACAAUUCUUACCUUUAGAUUAUAUUCUAUGUCUACCUCUUUUCUAGUUUAUUAUUAUUUUCUUGCUUAACAACCGUUAGAUUUAUAGCAGCAUAGGAGCAGAAGGGAUAAAAUAUGAGAGGAUCCAUUCUCGUCUAUGUAAUUCUAUGAUAAUGAAAAUUAAUUAUUUAAUAGUAUAUUAUAAUUCUGGAUUUAA